CUUUUCUUAAUAGAUCUGUUAUUUAGCUGCGUUCGGUUUUCCAAAUCGGAGUCAUCGGUUCGCUGUGAUUACUCCAGGAAAGUCGUUUCAUUAGCUAGAUAUUAUCUUAAGAUAACCUUAGAAGCAAUCCAAUGUCUCCGAUUUGCAAGACCGAACGCAGUUUUUAUAAAAUCUGUUUUCCUGAAUUCAAUUGUACUUUUUAGUGCUGCCUGGAAACUUCGAUCCUUUCAACGUUCGGUUUAUAAAUUUGUUUCAUUCUAAAGGUCCUUGCACAAUGCUAGACAACAGGAACAGAGAAUAACACAUGCGAUAGAUUUUCAACCUAUUGCCCGUGGUUUUUCACUGUGCAAAGGGCUUAAAGGCUAAAAGUGCAACUUACUGCAGAUUCGACCGCUUGCAUUAAAGCGGGGCCAAUAAUGAGAAUUUAAAGCGUAAGCCCUAAGAAGUAUUCGAGGAUGUUUUAAGACGAUUUUUAAAUAUAAGAACAAACUAUGAACAAAUUUUAGUGCGCACUCGGUGUGCAAGCAGACGUAUUCGCUAUCAAUUCCGCUAUAAAGAACAGACCCAGUAUCGUUCGUUCUAAGUUGACAGUUCGGUCGGUAUUUAUAUGUCUCGACAGCCGGUUUGUGAUCAAAACAUUUGGCGGUUUACGCGAAUACAAUUUCUUCUCUAACCUCUCCAAAGUAUCGCGUUUUCGCGAGUGUCAGCAAGAUAUACUCGACGUUACCUGAAAUCCAGCGUCGAGACAUGUCAGAUAUCUCAAUGGUGAACAGUAUUAUUACUAAGAGAGACCGCGAAUGUUUCGCAUGCAGAAUGGUGAGUGGUUGCGGUCUAGUCGGCUCCGGUUUGUAUGUUUAUCACCACACCAAGAAGUAUCAGAACCCUGCAGGACAAGCAGUGAUGUAUGCGAUUUCCUCCGUAUUGGUACUGCUUGGUACAGCUAGGAUUAUGGAUAUGCCACCCUUCCAAGAUCGAUUUAAACGCAAGGAAUGAGCCACUUAGAUCGGUGUAAAUCCGACAGCAUUUUGUAGCAAUUGCACUUGACAACAUGAAUCUAAAACGACAAUAAUUUGUACAACUAUAAUGUUCUUGUUUUCUAUGAUUUCUCAUUGUAUGAUUUUGUCUACCUCAUGUCGACGACACUUGAAUCUAGAUAAUACUUGAAGUCUAGCUUUGGAGUUUUUGAGCAACUUCGGAUAUUGUGAUAUUUGAUAAAAGAAAACGUAAUAAUGUACUUGUCGUGUUAAAAGAAGAGAGAGAUUUUGUAUAAAAAUACAUUAUAUUUUAUCUUAA